UUAUAUAAUUUAUACACACAAAAACACCCCCUGUUGACUACACACGAACUCUCUGUCAGUCUCUACCCAAAAUUCCAUUUCCAAAUAACUUAAUUUAACCCAAUUUUAGAUCGCCGGAAACCACCACUCGCCGCCACCCACCUCCUUCCUUUCCUUCUUCUCAGCGUAACAAAACCAUGCUUGGUAAAAAUAAUAAACGCAAGAUUCGAUUUUUCAAGCAUACCCCUCCGUAGAAGUUAUUAUUAUUAUUAUUAUUUUUACCUUUCCCAUUUAAAUUUGUGUAUUUUUUUUCAAAAAGUUGAGGUUUUUGGCUGCAAUAAUGGCGGCCGUGACCAAUACUGCUGCUGCCACCACCACCACCACCCAACAACCACAGUCACCACCGGCUAACACAGCCAUUGCCGCCGCCACCCAACUAGUGCCGGUACCAUCAACAGAGCUAACCACUGAUGAGAUGGCGGUGAAGGCUGUUCAUAAACGGUAUGAAGGGCUGAUGAUGGUACGGACGAAGGCGAUUAAGGGUAAAGGCGCCUGGUAUUGGGCUCAUCUGGAGCCUGUUUUAGUUCGUAAUCAAGAUACUGGUUUGCCGAAAGCCGUCAAGCUCCGGUGUUCUUUAUGUGAAGCUCUUUUCUCCGCUUCCAAUCCGUCCAGAACGGCGUCGGAGCAUCUCAAAAGAGGAACUUGUCCCAAUUUCAACUCUGAAUCCAGUCCAAAUCCGAUUUCCUCCAUAUCGCCGGCUGGAAUGGUGAAUUUGUCUUCUCCGACUUCAUCGUCUUCGCCUCAACCGCUGCAAAACCACCGGAAACGUAACUCAUCUGGCAACCGUCGCGCUACCGGGUUUAAAAUCAACAACAACUCUGCAAACCCUUCUGAAACUACUUACUCCGUUGCUCCAAUUACGAUGAUUGAACCGGCGAGAUUCUCGGUUGAUGUUUCGUACCCGACCCGACCCAAUUCCAUGCCUGCAUUUUCUUCUGCUGCGACGGUUGUGACGGUAAGCAGCGGAGGGAUGUACUCUUCACACAACCACCACCAUAACCACCACCAACAACAGCCGCAACAUGUGAUGUUAUCAGGUGGUAAAGAAGAUUUAGGUGCUUUAGCGAUGUUCGAAGAUAGUGUAAAGAAACUUAAAAGUCCGAAAUCGUCGCCGGGCCAAACAUUAACAAAAGCUCAAAUCGAAUCAUCACUCGAAUUAUUAGCAAAUUGGGUGUAUGAGAGUUGUGGGUCAGUUUCUUUUUCAAGUCUGGAGCAUCCAAAAUUCAAAAAUUUCUUGAACCAAAUCGGUUUACCGGCGAUAACCCGCCGCGACCUCGCCGGAGAAAGACUCGAUUCCAAGUACGAAGAGGCCAAAACGGAAUCCGAAGCCCGAAUUCGCGACGCAAUGUUCUUCCAAAUCUCAUCGGACGGAUGGAAAUCAAAGAGUAAUCAUCAUUCAGGUGAAUUCGAAAACCUGGUGAAUUUAUCGGUGAAUUUACCUAAUGGGACUAGCGUUUUCAGAAGAGGUGUUUUCACAGGUGGGUAUGUUUUCUCAAAAUACGCCGAGGAUAUUUUAUGGGAAACAAUCAGCGACAUUUGUGGGAACAAUUUCCAACAAUGUGUAGGUAUCGUUUCCGAUAAAUUCAGGAGUAAAGCUUUAAGAAAUCUCGAAAACCAACAUCAUUGGAUGAUCAACCUUAGUUGUCAAUUUCAAGGGGUUAAUAAGUUGAUUAAAGAUUUCAGCAAAGAACUACCAUUGUUUCAUAAAGUGACUGAUAACUGUAUAAAAGUCGCAAACUUUGUGAAUACCAACUCUCAAAUCAGACAUUCUUUCCUCAAGUACCAGUUACAAGAAUACGGCCGAGCCGCAUUGUUGCGGGUACCGUUUUGUGGGAGCGGGCGGGUCGACUUCGAACCCGUGUUCAAUAUGGUUGAAGACAUAUUAAGUUCAGCGAGAGCGUUACAACUGGUGGUUCUUGAUGAAUCUUACAAGAUGUUGUCAAUGGAGGAUCAAACCGGGAAGGAGAUUGAAGAAAUGAUGAGGUCUCAUUUCUGGAACGAGUUAGAAGCGGUUCUUUCGUUGGUCCGGUUAAUCAAAGGCAUGGCUCAAGAGAUUGAGAAAGAAAAACCAAGAAUCGGUCAAUGUUUGCCACUCUGGGAGGAGCUCCGACUGAAAAUCAAGGACUGGUGUGGUAAGUUUCAUGUCAACGAGAAUCAUGCAGACAAGGUGUUCGAUAAAAGGUUUAAGAGAAACUACCACCCUGCUUGGGCGACUGCUUUUAUCCUUGACCCAUUCUAUUUGAUCCGUGACACAACCGGGAAAUACUUGCCACCUUUCAAAUGUUUAACAUCUGAACAAGAGAAAGAUGUAGACAAACUUAUAACAAGGCUCGUUUCACGUGAAGAAGCUCACAUUGCAUUAAUGGAGCUUAUGAAAUGGAGAACCGAAGGACUUGACCCGGUUUAUGCCCAAGCAGUCCAGUUGAAACAAAGAGACCCGGUAACUGGUAAGAUGAAGAUAGCUAACCCACAAAGUAGCAGGUUAGUUUGGGAAACUUAUCUCACAGAUUUCAAAUCUUUAAGGAAAGUUGCAGUGAGGUUGAUCUUUCUUCAUGCAACUUCAUGUGGAUUCAAAUGGAAUUCAUCUUUAUGUAAAUGGGCUCAAUCAAGAACCGGGAUCGAAAAAGCACAGAAAUUGAUCUUCAUUGCUGCACAUUCAAAGCUCGAGAGACGAGAUUUCUCAAAUGAUGAAGAAAAAGAUGCCGAAUUUUUCUCGAUAUCAAGUCGAGAAGAUGAUGUGUUGAAUGAGGUUUUGUUUGAUGCGUCUUCUUUGUGAAAACUUUUUCUUUCUUGCUUUUGAUUUGAUGAUUAUAAUCCAUAGUUUAUGUAGGAUUGAUAUUCUUUUUUUUUUUUUUUUUUUGCUUCUACUUGGGGUACUUGUUUAAUUGCUCUUUUAGAAGAUUUUGACACCUUUGAUCGUUAUAGAAAGGGGUCAUCUUUUAGUUUAAAAUCAGUAAUUUUCUUUUUUGUUUGAUGGGUACAUGGAAUCAAAUAUCAAAUGAAGAUUGUUGUAACAUUUUUAAUCA